CCACAUGUCCGCCACCACACCACACCCCUCCCUAUGUCGUCCUCGUCCAGCAGCCGACUUCGCUGGUGGGGCUAUGUCGCCCUCUCUACCACAUGCAUCAUCACUGGGUGGUCGGCAGGUGUCGCCCUCUCACUAUGGGCCAAUCGUCGUGCCCGAGCUCGUCGCCGCGCCGCUCACCUUUCUGCUCGCCAGCCGCCACCUCCAUCACCGACUCGCAGCUCGUUUCCAUCCUUGCCUCCACCAGCAUCGACAUCGGCAUCGAGGACACCUAGUAUUCCCGCCGAACUCUUGCCUUCGGCCUCAGCUUCCACUCUGGCCUCGGCCUCGACCCCGGCCUCGGCCUCAACAUCAGCCUCCACCUCGCCCGAGUUCGACCACUCUGACCCAAACACCGCCACGGAGCCACUGCAGAUGUCGACAAGCGUGAGCGAGAGCUUCCAUGGCCCGCGCGAGCUUGAUGCCUUUGACGUAGCCUCGGUGCUGGUGGCGACGGGCGUAGGCGCAAAGGUCCGCCCGGCCGCCACCCGCGUCGUUCCCAUGUACGUCAUCUUUGAUCUCGAGUCAACAGGACUCGACACUGUCCACGACCACAUCACCCAGAUGGCAGCGGUGGUGCUCGGUGCCGACUCGGAGCGCCCGGGGUUGGCCAUGACGUUUGACGCCGAGUUUGUGUCGUACGUCAAGACCUCGCGCCCGAUUCCGCGCAAGGUCACCGAGGUGACCGGCAUCACAGCGGCGACUCUUGCCGACGCGCCGCCGUUUGCCACUGUCUUCCACACCUUCAUCGGGUGGCUUGCCGGCGCCAUGGCCACCCGUGCCGCGGCCGUCAUUGCCCACAUCGGCGAUGACGACGACGCUAGCGACCUCGCCCGCUCUCUCGCCGUCCGUCCUGUCCUUGUCGCACACAACGGCAACACCUUUGACUUUCCACUCCUGCUCAACGAGAUGCGACGCGCCUUUAUCCCGCUCGAGCUCUUCUCGUACCUCGACAUCCACACUGUCGACUCGCUCGCACUCUUCCGCAGCGUCAAGGCGCGGCCAUCCGGCUUUGAGGUCGAGGCGGCCACGCUCCGUGCCGUUCGCUCGCUCUCGCUCACCAAGCUGUAUCCGGCCAUUGUCGGCUCGAGCUACAAGGCGCACGACGCGCUUGCCGACGUCCGCGCCCUUGGCCGGCUUGUCUUUGGCUCGGCGCUCACCUCGCGCCCGCUCAUGCAGCUUCUCACCUCCGAGUUUGUUGUCGACCCGCUGCAGCAGCUCCGCGACCUGGUCACCCGCCUCUACCGUCGCGAGCUCCGCGAUCGCCUCGUCUGGCCCUCGACCAAGAAGCCUGUCGUCUCGUCGUCGGUCAUCAACCGCCUUGUCACCGCCGAGCUGGUCUGGGAGGAGCUGGUUGCCCUGCGUUCGCUCGCGGCCUCGCGCGACGCCUUUGUCGCCACACUCACCGAGCGCGUCGCCCUCCGCCAGAACCACGUCCAGGACAUUGCAGACUUUUUCGACGUCAUCCGCGCUGCCGCUUCGCGCGAAGCCGCCUCACACACUGUCAAGCGCUCGUCGUCCAAGUACUCUCUUUCAUAAAGUCAUCCUGCCCC